UGAAGAGGAAGACGGACAGAAGCAGAAAUGUCUGAUCAGUGUGAUCUGUGUCUGCUGGGACUGAUCAUUCUCUCUUCACUUCUCACAGGAACCAGUAGAGUGGAUCGUGUGUUCAUCAGUUCUGGUGUAGAUGUCUCUCUGUCCUGUAAUAAACAUCUUUCUGACUGCAAAUCAACAUCAUGGGCCUAUUUUAACGGCUUCAGAGAUUCAGGGACAGUUAAACUGAUUACUGGAGGAAUAAAGAAUAAAGACACAGAGAGACAUGAGAGACUGAGUCUGGAGUCUGACUGCUCUCUGAACAUCAAGAACAUCACAGAAGAAGAUUAUGGAUUAUACACCUGCAGACAAUAUGUGAACGGAGAACAACAAGGAUCUGAUUCUGAUGUUUAUCUGCAUGUUCUUCAUGUUUCAGUGUCUCCAUCAUCAUCAUCUUCAUCAUCAUCAUCAUCUUCAUCCUCUCAGACUGAGAUCAGUCCAGGCCGCUCUGUGACUCUCUCCUGUCAGUUUUAUUUAUAUUCUAUAUACUCCUGUGAUUAUUUGGUCAGUUCUGGGGAAGUUGAGCUGUUGUGGGUGAAUCAGGCUGGUGUUGAUCUGAAGACAGACUCCAGAUAUCAGAUAUCAUCAUCAUCAUCAUCAUCAUCACGUCGCUGUAUCAUCACUCAGACUACAACACUCCUGGAUGAAGAUGACAACAGAGAGUGGAGAUGUCAGCUUACUUGGGGAAAUCAAGUCCAGACGUCAGUCAGAUACACUGUCAAGUAUUCAGCUCAAGCUGAUUCAACGACAGCAGUGAAUCCAGUCCACAUCACACACUCUCAGGAUCCCUCAACUAUAAACACACACGUUUCUAAAGGUGAUCCGGCAUCAGGAACUGCUGGAUUAUUAUACAGAGUGAUUGUGAGUAUUGUUGAGAUGGCAGUGUUUGCUGCUCCUACUGUGAUUCUUCUUCAGAUCAUCUGUGCAAGAAGAGCUGGGAGGAAGGACUCGAAGCCCCCGGAGGAAAUAGAGAUACCCACAAUAUUACAGUAAAACGUCUCUGGUUACGUAUGUAACCUUAGUUCCCUGAAGGGAACUUCGA